GUGUUGUGUUACAUGUGAGCAUGGUGUUAUCGUGAAUGCUUAUUGACCUACCCAGGAUACGUGAGGCACGCGCAGCUUCCCGAGUCGAUCACACAUGAGUGUAGGGCGUGACAGGGUCUUGUAAGUAGUUGUGAACAUGGACAGAGUGAUUUGACAGCUGGAUAAUCAUGCUAGCUAAAGGACACAAGUCACUAUGGACCACUCAGGGGCACAUCACAUUGUUCAGGACUUGGUUACUCGCGAUGCUGCUGCCAGCGCCCACUGCACGUACUGCCUACCCGGGACAUGUGACAGGCCGCUGUGCUACGCGUUCCGUUCCAACCAUUACUCGACGACGAAAACAUGACCGUGACCCAGCCGUUCAGACGUACGACAACAAGCCAUCAAAGAAGAUACGACUCGUGUAUCUGUAUGGGUGAAUCACGCACUGCCGGUUAGCAGCGCAAGGAAACAUGGCGUAAC